AUGAUGGAGCUGCAGCGCUCCAGGGUCGUGCUCGACCGUCUACGCAUCCUGAAACCGUGUGUGCCGAACCCGCUCCUAUUCUUAUCGGCUGCUCGGGCGUUUGCGCUUGGAUAUCUGACUACUACUCUGCCGAAAUUUAUCUCCUUCUUGAAAACUCUGCGGCGGAGAGACCUGAGUACCGUGGAGAAACUGGAACGUUUUAUUCGCAUCUUGCAUUGUGGAUUGGAAUGGGACCGUUUCCCGGCAUUCUGUGCCCUACUGGCAGGUGGCUCCUCCGUCCUGCCUGAAGCCUUGAGAACUGUCAGAUUAAGAUUCACCUACAGUGGGUAUCUCCCAUCCCUGUCUAAGUCUGGUAUUCCACUUUCGUCAGACUGGCCAUUGCGGUUCCUGGCGGCCUUCCUGUCUGCCUUGGUCUGUUUUCCCAUUCUCAAUAGGACAACAAAACAUCCGCACGGCCGGCAUGCGGAAGUUAAGAAACACGCUUCCUCUGACCAACCUGGCCAAGCUCAGCAAACGCUGGCCAAGACCAAUGGCCGCUACAAACCUGGCCUUGCUGGCAGGACCCUAGACUUGACUCUCUUUGCGGCAACUAGAGCUGCAGAUUCUAUAGUUAAUCUGUUAUGGUCUCAGUGGAAAACUUCCCGCGUCCAUGGCAACGGCAAGGCCGGACGACGGGUACGCUCCCUCGCUCCAAAACUAGCGGACACCGGCCUCUUCGCAGUCAGCUCCGCUAUCGUGAUGUGGGCUUGGUUCUACCUCCCUGACCGUCUACCUUACUCCUAUGGUAAAUGGAUCAGCGAAGCCGCUCAGCUAGACGGCCGUAUCCUCGAGGCCCUCCGUACUGCUCGGAGAGGCGACUGGGCCUAUGGCCGUGACAAUGGUGAUCAAAUUGUACUUGAGUCGAUGUGCGCUGACUACGGUUGGCCCAUCGAAUGGGGCACUCCUGAAAAGACAAUUCCCAUCCCCUGCGAAAUUGUCCACAUGGGCUGUGGCCCCAAUUGCGAAAAGACAGCCGUCUGGCGAUUCGCUAGAGCCUUCAAGUUUGCUUGCGCCACCUACAUCCCUCUUCAGAUUGUGGUUCGCUGUCGAUCGCGAAAUAUCAAAACAUACAUCCAUGCUAUCAAGAGUGCGCUUCGUUCAUCGACCUUUUUAGGUUUAUUUGUCAGCCUUUUUUAUUAUUCGGUGUGUUUGGCGCGAACGAGGCUGGGGCCUAGGCUGUUUAGCCAGAAGAUGAUCUCGCCUAUGAUGUGGGAUUCUGGCCUCUGUAUUGCUGCUGGAUGUAUGAUGUGUGGAUGGAGUAUCUUUGUUGAAUCAGCGAGUAGGAGGCAGGAGAUUAGCCUGUUUGUCGCGCCCAGGGCGUUAGCCACGGUUCUGCCCCGGGAGUACGACAGAAAGUAUCAAUGGAGGGAGAGGCUGGCUUUCUCUCUUAGUACCGCCAUCCUUGUCGCCUGUAUCCACGAAAAUCCAAAAAUGGUUCGCGGCGUAUUCGGAAAGUUCCUUGCUCGCGUAUUCAUGGCAUGA